GCUAGCUAUCUCGGCACUGCGGCGUGGGUCAGUGGAGGAUCAACUCGGUGUACGAUAGAAUAAAACGACGGUUUCACUGAACACUCGCGUGCUUUUUAAGGCAUGCAGUUUACAAUAAUUGUAGUCAAUCUAAUGCACCGAUAGUAAAGGAGUAAAUAGUACACGUGCGAGGGGCGCGUUUAUCUUUAAUUGUGUUAAUUGACCGCGCUAGUGUACAGUGUGAACCGUUAUCAUUGGCAGUAUAGUUCAACCUAAGGCCCGCUCGAAUCGUUUGCUCUUAGUCUUUUUUUAAUCGUCACUAGUUUUUAGUAGCUCGCUGCGGAGCUAAGCCACUGUGCCGACGACUAGAUUGCAGAUAUUUCUAGGUUAUACCUAAUACAGGGUAAUAGCCGAAAUCAAUUGUCAGCUGUGAAUAAAAAAAAAUGGAGGUCAAGGAUGACAAGAGUAAAAAGCUAGACAAGCUGCUGAUAGGAAUGCACGCUAUUGCCUGCGUACAAUUCGCCUUCUCCGUAUAUUAUGAUUACACUUAUAUCGUCAUCCCACGACGUGUUGCCAAGAUGCACAGCGCUUAUGGUGGAAAAUUCAAAUUUCUCACCUUUUGGAAUGCGAUACUGCAAGCUGUUUUCUUUUUCGUGUGUCUGGCGAAUGACUUCGGUGGAAGCAAUGAGUUGAGUCCAACAAAACGACCCUUCCUGCGCCGGUUCAAAGAUUUUUUUCACGCCAGCCUCGCAUUUCCAGUCGCGAUGUUCGUAGGGGUGACAUUCUGGGCUUUGAUGGCCGUGGAUCGUGAGCUGGUACUGCCUCGUGCGGUAGAUCCUUAUUUUCCUUGGUGGUUAAAUCAUCUGAUGCAUACAAUGAUCGUCGUUUCUACCAUCGCCGAGAUGUUCACUGCUCCACGUCAAUAUCCCUCACGUCUAGCCGGUCUUGGAGGUCUCCUUGUUUUUAUGGCAAUUUAUCUGAUCUGGGUGUUGAUUAUUUACACAAAAGGUGGUAUCUGGGUGUACCCAGUGAUGGAGGUACUGUCCUGGCCCCUACGGAUCUGCUUCUUCCUCGUUCUCUUUCUGUUUGCCGCUGCCCUUUACAUAUUCGGAGAAUACUUCGAUCGGCUCAUCUGGGGACAAACUCGGAAAUCUGCAGGUAAGAGUGGCAAGAAAAGGAAAUCAAAAUGAAGAAGCGUUAGAAAAUUCAAUGGUUGUUAUAUGAGUAAAUCGUUAAAUAUUUUUUUAUUGUUGAUUCAUAUCAUUCAAUCACGGGUGAUUGUCAUUUUCUCCCAACAGUUGCAUUUGUUAUUUACUGUAAAAACGUCAUCAUACGUCUGCCAUGUGAUCUGAAAUUCAGCAUAAAACUGUCGACGAUGAUGAGAUUGAGCAAUAAUAAUAAUAAUAGUAAUACUAGUAAUAAUAAUAAUAACAACCGUGGCAAUAAAUCUAGGUAGUAUAAGGCAGUUGUUACAACAAUCUCAUGUGUAAGGUAAUUUUGAGAAAUUUGUAGAGAGAUAAAGAUUCUUAAAUCGACGAGUAAGCUGUAAAUAAAGCUUAGAUUUUUAUUUGUAAGUGCAAGGAUAUAGUAAAUUGGAAAUAGCGUUCAUUUUCUUACGUACAAAGGAACAAGACCUUGUUGCCUUGAAGCAUGUUAAUGUUUACUGAAAUGUGUUCAUUAUGAAUGUCUACGUUAAUUUCUUAUGCAAUAAAGCUUUAAUAGUCUUACGGCUUA